AGCUAAAUGUUUCUUCACAACAGCAGCUAGAGCCCCUGCCACCGCCCCAGCCGUAGGAACCACAAACUUCUCCUCCCCGCCGCUCUCCGGCGACACAUCCAUCAGCCUUCUCCCGCCGCCUUGUACGUCGCAAAAUGCACCGCCGUGAAAAAAGCCCCAAUCCCGUCCUCUCUCGCUAACCUCCCCACGCAGUACUGGACGCCGCAAAGGGAAUUGUGCGCGCAACAGUGUGCUGAGGCAACACCGAUGGCUUUCGCCGCCUCAAUCGUCUCUCUUCCCCCAUGCGCCACCCCCUGUGCGCCAAAGAUUCAAAUUCAGACACAGCCCAUUUCGCCUAAACCCAAUCCCCAAAACAGAGAUCUCAAAUCUUGCAAAAAUCUUCAAGAAAUAAAGCAAAUUCAUGCGCAAUACAUAAAACACGGCCUUGUGGCUGACCCUUCUUUGCUAACAAAACUCAUUGCCAAAUACUCAGAAUUGGGCUCUCCUGACAGCUUGGAGUUUGCAGAAAAAGCAUUUAAGAUGUUCAAGAACAGCCGAAGGGAUCGGACUAGUAACAUAAUUUACCUCUACAAUUCAUUGGUGAGAGGAAAUUCAUUACUUGGAGCUUAUCACGAUGCUAUUUCGCAAUAUGUGGAUAUGUUGAUUGAUGAUUUGGAGCCCGAUAACUAUACCUUUCCGUUUGUUCUCAGCGCUUGUGCCAAAAACUCGAGCCUUUCCGAAGCAAGGCAGAUUCAUGGCUCCGUGGUCAAAAGGGGUUAUCACAAUGAUGUAUUCGUCUCGAAUUCCUUGGUAUACUGUUACGGCGAAUGCGGCGACACUGAUAGUGCGAGGAAGGUGUUCGACGAAAUGCCUGACAGAAAUGUUGUGUCCUGGACUAGUUUGAUUUGUGGGUAUGCGAGGCGAGACCGGAAUCGCGAGGCGAUCUCUCUCUUCUUUGAUAUGUUGGGAGAGGGAAUUGAGCCCAACGAGCUCACCGUGGUGAGCGUUGUCUCGGCCUGUGCCAAGUUAGGGGAUUUGGAUUUGGGGGAGAGAGUUUUGAAUCAUGUUGAAUGCUCUGAGCUCAAAUUCAAUGGUGUUAUGGUGAAUGCAAUUGUUGAUAUGUAUAUCAAAUGUGGACGUGUAGAGAAGGCGAUGCAGAUCUUUGAUGAAUGUGCUGAUAAGGAUUUGGUUCUUUACAACACAUUUUUGUCGAAUUAUGUCAAAUUGGGGAUGGCAACAGAUGCACUCGCUAUGUUUCGUGGAAUGCUUGAUAUUGGGGUGAAGCCGGAUAGGAUCACCGUGGUGUCUGUGAUGGCGUCUUCAGCCGAACUCUCCGAGCUGUCCUUGGGGAAGCAAUGCCACGCGUAUGUCCUGAGGAACUCACUAUGGAGUUGGGACAGUGUUGGGAAUUCGCUCAUUGAUAUGUACAGCAAGUGUGGCGAGCAAGGGCUCGCUCGUAGAGUGUUUGAUCAAAUGUCGGUCAACAGGACAGUUGUGUCGUGGAACUCUCUCCUCGCAGGUUUUGCUCGGAAUGGUGAUGUUGAUUCAGCCAUCAGAGCGUUCGAUGAGAUGCCCGAGAGGAAUGUCGUGUCAUGGAACACGAUGAUCGGAGCUUUGGUUAAUGAGAGCUUGUUUCUUGACGCGAUUGAGCUCUUCCGCUCGAUGCAGAGCCAAGGGAUAGCUCCGGAUGAGGUGACGAUGGUGUGCGUGGUAACAGCCUGUGGCUAUCUUGGAGCACUGGAUUUUGCAAAAUGGGUGUAUCGCUACGUCAAGAAAUGCGGUUUUCACUCCAAUAUGCGUCUCUGCACCGCUCUUGUCUACAUGUUUGCUAGGUGCGGGGACACUCAGAGCGCGAUGGAGGUGUUCUGCUCGAUGAAGGAGAGAGAUGUCUCCGCUUGGACUGCAGCAAUCGGAGCGAUGGCCAUGGAGGGGAACGGGAAACGAGCCCUUGAGCUCUUCCACGAGAUGGUCGGACGAGGGAUUGCACCUGAUGAAGUAACUUUCAGUGAAGUUCUUACGGCAUGUAGCCAUGCCGGUUUGGUUGAAGAAGGAAUGCUUAUGUUCAAUAGCAUGAAGGAAUAUGCAAUCACUCCGCACGUCAUCCACUACGGAUGCGUCGUUGAUCUACUAGGCCGCGCUGGUUUGCUAGACAAGGCGCUCGAGUUCAUAGACGCGAUGCCCCUGGAGGCGAACAGUGCAAUAUGGGGGGCGUUCUUGGGUGCAUGCAGGAAGCACGGAAACGAGAAGAUGGCCGGGCGUGCUGCUAAGAUGUUGAGCGAAUGUAGUGGUGAUCAGACGGGAAUCCACGUCCUCUUGUCGAACAUCUAUGCAUCCGCCCGGAGAUGGGGCGAUGUUGCUCGAGUCAGGAUGAGUAUGAAGGAGCGAGGCAUGAGGAAAACAACGGGUUCGAGUGCGAUUGAGGUUGGAGGAGUCGUUCGCGAGUUCACUUCUGGUGACGAUAGCAUGGGUGCAGCCUCGAUGCUCCAAGAGAUUGAGGCCAGGCUCAGAGAUGCGGGGCAUGCUCCUCAUCUUAUGGACGUCUUGCUCGACGUGGACGAGCAAGAGAAGGAGUACUUGCUCAGCCGACACAGCGAGAAGCUCGCCAUCGCCCACGGCCUCGUGUCCUCUGCCCGUGGAACGCCGGUGAGAGUUGUCAAGAAUCUGAGAAUGUGCUCGGACUGCCAUUCCUUCGCAAAAAUGGUUUCCAAAGUGUAUGAUCGAGAGAUAGUUGUUAGAGAUAACAAGAGAUUCCACUUUUUCAAGCAAGGUUUGUGUUCUUGCCAUGAGUACUGGUAAAAUAUAACUUUGAUCAAACACCUUUGACUACAUACUAUCCCAAGUGAAGAUCCAAGCAUGAUACAUACAUAGGGUCAGCAGAGGUUCGUCAGUUUUGAUGGUUGCCUCAGCUUUACAGAUCUGUACGGAAUAAAGUACCAUCAAACAAAUCAAUGAUGUUCAAAUUACUUAUAAAAAUGUAACAGAAAAUCGAGUCAAGCAGCAUAGUUAUUUUUCCUAUAUUUUUGUUUUUAUUUUUGUUAAUAUGUGAACAUCAGAGUGCCUUGAUUUGGGUAUGUAAAUCUAAGUCGUAAACUUUUGGAA